GCCUUGACGACCGCGGCAAGAUGGCGACGCCACAGGAUCCGCCUCCGGGACGCGACCCCGGGCUCCUGAGCCCCGCGCAGCUGGAGAGGCUGCGGAACUUCAAGAUCCAGACGCGCAUUGCUAAUGAAAAGUACCUAAGGACCCGCAAGGAAGUGAAGUUGCUCCUCAGCGGCUUCUUCAGAGAGAUGUUCCUGAAAAGGCCGGACAACGUGCUAGAAUUUGCUGCAGACUAUUUCACGGAUCCAAGACUUCCCAACAAGAUUCACAUGCAGCUAAUUAAAGACAAGAAAGUGACUUAAUUAUCAAAAUCACCAUGCUCAGCUGUUGGGAGAGAUCAGAAGGAACCCAGCCUCUGAUCUUCCCCUGGCCAGCGGCCCCAGUCACCACGCGCUGAGGAGGAGAAAACGCCACUGACAGCGCGUCUCUGGGACCGCCUGGGUCUCUGGGAUUUCCUUCCUCUUUGAUGGGGCCAGAGGAGGAGCAGCAGGACCGGGAAGGGGCAGCGCUUGUGAUGCUGGGCGUUCUUCAGGGAAGCGACCCUCUUCUGGGACCCGCUCCACCCAUCUGAAUUCACUGUAUCCUCAGCCAGAGCCACACAGCCCUGGGGAGGAAGGCCGGAAAUGGAAAUGGAGGAUUUAGGCAGCAACCUAGCCUCAAGGCUGCUUGUCACUGUCUCGGGCUUUUGUCAGGGAUCCAACUACGGUAGCCUCCUCCAGACUUACUUGAUUUUAUUUUGCAGUACUGGGGAUUGAACCAAAGGCUUUACUAUGCAUGCUAGGCCAGUACUCUACCAUUGAAUCACAUUGUUUGCCCUUUACCGGGGAUUGAACUCGGGACCUUGCGCUUGCGAGGCAGGCGGCGGAACCACUGAGCUAUAUCCCUGGCCC